GUCACUCGGGUAAUAAAAAUUGGACUUUAAGCUUUAUUUACCAGAAAAUAGACGCACACGCGUCGGUACAAAUUCAGUCCGAUAAGUUAUUUAUAAAAAACAUUUUAUAAAAGUUAAUCGCAAAUCAGUAGACCGCAGUCGUUAACAGGAUCUUCAAUUAUACAGCCGUAUAUUUUCGCACGAUUAAAUCUAGUCAGUUUUAUUUAACAAAUUAAUUAUAAGUUGGCACAAGAACUUUGUUGUGAUUUUUAGUUACUUUUAUUUAAUAAAAAUGUGUUCGUAUGUUAUUGUGUUAGUAUGUUUCAUUAUGUGCAUCAACGUUGGAUUAGGAGAACAAAUGCCUAAAGGAGCUAUAGGAUUUCCUGAGGUCGAGGAAAACCCAAAAGUUUCAAAUAAACAGGAUCGACAACCAAUUUACCUUCCAUCGGUGUGUCCAGAAAACGAGCUGUAUUAUCCAGGCGAUCACAAAACUGACUGGAUCUGUGACUGUCGACCAGGGUACUUAUACCAUCCUGCGACGGACAGAUGCUGGCUCGCCUACCAGCGUGGCCCUUGUUCUGAAGGACAGUACUUAGUGCUACCAAAGUCUUCAGUUUUACCAAUAUGUGAAAUCAACCCGUGUAUAAGUGACGACACAGUUAUGUACAAUGGAAACUGUACAACAUUAGGUGAUAUGAGACCAUGUGGUCUAUCGUAUCCAGCGAAAGUUGUGUGGAUAAACGCAACAACUAUAAAAGUGGAUUGUGUAAAAGUUUACGUAGACAAUAGAUUUUCCUCGAACAUCGAAGAAGAAGUGUUUGCACUUUGUCCUCCUGGAUGUAAGAGAAGCGUCAACUUACAAUGUACCCCUGAUGUUAGGAGAUAGUAUAAAUUUAAUUACU